AUGAAACAAUAUCUAAAACAUCCUGUGUUAAUCAAUCCAGCACGUUGGACAAAAGUUCCCAAAUACCAAACAGAGAAUGCAUUACAAAGCAGUGAAUAUAUUCAGCUGUUAGAAAGAAACCCAUUCGCUCGUAAUUUGAUGAAAACCAAUAGCUCAAAUCAAACAUAUAGAUUUCCUAAUGGAAGUUUGUUAAAAAUUAUCACUGAAACCAAAGAUAACCAGCACCUCAUGAUACCGACAAUAGACGAAAUUGAUGUCAAAAGCUUGGCUAUACCGAGCUACGUCAUAAACAAUAAAAAGUAUUUGAAAAUGAUAGAUGAUAGACAGAUGUGGAAGUCUCAUCUUCCUAUUAAAUACAAGAUAAAUAAUCCAGAGAGUGUAGUCAGAAAUACCAAUCCUAUGCCCGAUUUCAUCAAACACUAUCAAAGUAUGCUUGAACAUCGUAUACGAGAAGGUUUAAGUGAAAUCAUCUCAGAUUCCCCCAAUGAAGAGUCUUUGAGACUCGUUAAUGAGGGUGCAUUAUAUGAAAUCAUCAGGAAUGAACUUAUAAUCAACCUUCCAAAUAUUGAUCACGAGGGAUACGUGGCUUAUGAGCAUAAGGAACUUUGUCUGUAUAUACUAGCGUUAAUGAUGUAUCUAAUGUAA